GAAGAGUAACACAGUCCCUGCUACAAGAGCUAUGGCAACCCUAUCCAUGUUCGCUAUUGUCACAUUGUUCAUUCAUUACAACACCAUUGCUGGCGAUCAUACCAACAUUAUCUCCAAAACAUAUUCUGAGUGUACUCAGUUCAUCUCUCCCAUAAAUGAAACUGUAGUUGAAGACAAGCAUGGCGUUGCCUCGUGUGCUGUUCAGUGUGUCACAGAAACCAGAUGUGUGGCUUUUAGCGCGUCUGCAACUGAUGACAUGUGUAUGCUUCACCGUGAGAUGUUCCUGACAGGAAUCUGCUACAGUGGAAAUUGGCGCCAUUACAAUGUCCAGAACCGCUGCAUGAAUGGGGGCGAAUAUAACCAGGAAAAACUAACCUGUCAAUGUUAUGGUGGCUACAUCGGUCAGUUCUGUGAAAGGAUCAUGCAGGAUUGUACUGAAGGAUAUAAAACAGGCCAUUAUACCUCGGGGUCAGGAAUAUACUUAAUUCAACCAAACAUAGCGCCUACCCCAUUCAAAGUCAAGUGCUUGAUGCAAGACGGUGGCUAUACACAUGCCCAACAGCGUAACUAUGGAUCUGCCGAUUUCUAUCGAUCUUGGCAAGAAUACAAAGAUGGCUUUGGUGACCUUUCCAAGGACUUCUGGCUUGGAAACGAUAAAAUUGGUUACAUUACAAAUGGACGCAAUCAAACGCUCAGCUUUAUAACUAAGGAUAUGAGUACCACCUUCACAAGACAGCGAAUGUACAAAUCUUUCACCCUGUCCCAAGAUGGCCUGUACAGAAUGACAUUCGAAAAUACAUGGGGACAUACAAUUCCUGACAAACAUGGUGGUGACUGUUUGAGUGAAUUGAAGGGUCAGCCCUUCUCCACCUUCGACCAUGAUAACGAUGACAGCACUCUGAACUGUGCUCAAAAACACCAGUCUGGAUUCUGGUUCAAGAACUGCACCCCCUGUAACCCCAAUGGCGUUUGGUCAGAGACUCCUGAUGGGAAGAGAGCUGGACUACCUGAGGAGAUGUUCUGGAUACCUGUUAUUGGAGAUAACCUGUUGUUGUCUUGCACGAUCUAUUUGAAAGCCAUCUAAUUGCGUUUAUUGCAGUAAAUGUAUCAUCUGUAAUUGUCCCAUGCGCCCAAUAUGCACAUUGAGUAGGGAUUAUGUCAUAUUGCUGAACAUACCAUGUGUUUGUGACAAAUACAAUUCAACACGUUUCACACCAUUCAUUUGAAGCUUACGUAAAUUUAUCCAACGGUUACAUUUCGUUUAAAACAAAUGUUCGAGAUAUAGGUUUCAUUUAUAAAUGUAUUGAUAG